CCAACUUUGAAGCCUGUGGUACGACUUGGAGAGGAUGUGUGGUAAUAAAAACAGGCGGCGCUGCCAACAUUGUUCCAGUGCUACACAACAUCCCAACUGAGCGAGAGAAGUGGUACAGAGCGUUUCACCCUCUUGCCACAUUUCGGUUUUAUGUUCGAUGAGUUUGUCCAGGGAGAAUAAUCGAGGCACCAUGUUUUUCAUUCCUCUGGUAGUUUCUUUGACGAGUCUUCUUUGCUCCGUCCAUGUCUCCUGUUGUGAUUUCGAGUGUGCAGACAAACCUGUGUUCACUCCGUCCAGACUGUGGGUGAAACACGGCGACUCGACGUCCGCCACGUGCUCCGUCUGUCAGAACUGCACCGACUUACUCAGUCUGGAAAGAUCUGUCGGAGUUCACGCAACAAACGGAACCACGAUCACGUGGACGGUUGACAGAUUGACUGAGUGGCGCACAAAGCCUAUAUGUCAUUAUAAAUAUGAUAAGAAGCAGUGCUGCAGCACCCUGUGUGUUACUGCUUACAAACCUCCAGACAAUGUCUCCAUCAGCCUCAAGGAUCACUCAGGCCCGAUGCUGGAGGCUCGUCAGUACACUCUGCUGUGCCACGUGCAGGAUGUUGCUCCGGUUGAAAACCUCGUGGUGACCUUCCACAGAGGUCAGACCACACUGGCUCGACUGAAUUCCACCAGUAAACCACAGAAAGAACCAGUGAACGAGGUUUUCACGCUGAGCAUCACCGUCAGCAGAGAAGACGACGGAGCUCAGUACUGGUGUGAAGCCAAGCUGGAGCUGGGACGUGACGGGCCACAGCACCCUCCAGUGGUGGUGUCACAAAACAUCACCGCCACCGUCCACUAUAAACCUCAUGUGGAGGGGUCAUCACAUCCGGACCCCAUCGUGGUCACAGAAGGAGACGGUUUCCAGCUGAACUGUUCGGCUGAGGGAAACCCCCCCCCCUCGUUCACCUGGCGGCUCCCUGUGCCCGGGCUCCCUGCCCCCCCCCUCACCGGCGCCACUCUCAUCAUUGACUCCCUCACCGUGAGGCAUGAAGGCCAGUACGUGUGUUUCAUCAGAAACAACAUGGGGACCGUGAACGUUACCUUCGACGUGGCUGUCAAAGAGUUAACCUCAACCAGUUUGCCUCCAACAACCACAGCCACAACCACAGCCACAACUACAGCAGCCACAACUACAGCAGCCACAACUACAGCCACAACUACAGCAGCCACAACUACAACUACAGCAACUACAACUACCACUACAACUACAGCAGCUACAACUACAGCAACUACAACUACAGCAGCUACAACAACUCGAACAACCACCACCAAGCUGACGGCUGCACCGAGCAGCAGCCCGAGCAUCGCACUGACUCGCUGGUUUAUAACGUGGUUCAUGAUUUUAUUCUCCCUCGGGAUUUGAGUUUCACAGAAUUUAAGACCCGACAAUAAGAUGUAAUGUAACCGUGACGAUAUACAGUGUAGCUCACACCUAACGUCAUUGCUAUAAUUUCUGCGGCACAGCGCCAGUUCUGCUACUCACAAAAAAACAAAAGGUUUCUAAACUAUAAAUGGUUGAAUAAAUAAUACAUUUUUCAUGG